GGAUUAGCUUGCUUUUUACCCAUGACUGCCUUUUCAGCCUGUUUCUUGGAUUGCUGAUGCGCAUCGCCUUCUCGUUACCUUUUCGUUUCCGAUCUUUAUCUGUAAAUAAUCACCGUUUCUCUUUCACCUCCAGAAAAAUGUCCACGCGGUCCUAUAAGGACGCCAUAGAACACCUAAACACCCUUCAAUCCAAUGCCGCCACCCUUGAAGCCGUUAGAGCUGCUGGAGCACGUCUAAAUCCGAAUGCCAUACCAGAAACGAUAGAAUAUCUGGGGAGAAUUGGAUAUACCACUCAAGGCUUGAACAGGCUUAAUGUCAUUCAUAUAACGGGAACAAAGGGGAAAGGAUCAACUAGUGCUUUUACAGACUCUAUCUUGCGACAUGCCAAACCAGAUUGGAAUGUAGGGCUCUACAGCUCCCCACAUCUGGUGGCAGUUCGUGAGCGUAUUCGCAUCAAUGGAAAACCAAUAUCAGAGGAAGUUUUUGCCAAGUUUUUCUUUGAAGUGUGGGACAGAUUAAAGGCAAACGAUGUGAGAGAGGACCCUGCUACACCACCUAUGCCCAACUAUUUCCGCUAUCUUACUCUCUUAGCAUAUCAUGCGUUCUUGACGUUAAAGGUUGACGCUACAAUAUUAGAAGUUGGCAUUGGAGGUGCCUCUGACAGCACGAAUAUAGUACCAAAACCUAUUGUUGCCGGAGUGACCGCCUUAGGAUUAGAUCACACGUCUGUCCUCGGAAAGACAAUAUCAGAGAUUGCCUGGCAGAAGGGCGGCAUAUAUAAGGAAGGGGUGCCUGCUUUGACAGUAAAUCAGCCCGAGGAGGGGAUGAAGGUGUUGCAAGCUCGAGCGGAAGAGCUCAAAGCCUCCGAGUUCACUAUAGUACCAUUUAUUCCCGGACUUUCCUCCAUCAAAUUGGGUUUGGCAGGUGAACACCAGGUGCAAAACGCUGCACUUGCUGUCUCUAUGGCGCGCAUAUUCCUAAGUUCGCGGGGCGCCUUACCGUCCUACGCAGAAACAGACAAUAAACUCCCCAAGGAGUUUAUUCCAGGUCUCGAGAACACCAAAUGGCCUGGUCGCUGUCAGACAGUUCCCGACCCCCAAUAUUCAAACACUACAUGGUUCCUUGAUGGAGCACAUACCGUCGAGAGUCUCGAUUGUUGUGUGCAGUGGUUCAUAAGUCCUGGUGUUGGAAUCGCACCGGUACCCAACCCCUCAGAUAUAAGUCGCCCACCGCGGGUCUUGAUCUUCAAUUGUACAAACGGAAGAUCAGGCACAUCAUUCCUGGGUUCUAUAAUCACGAAGGCGAGAGCGCAGCUCCAGCUACAUGGUGUUAAAGAAACUACCGAAGAGUUGUUCGACCAUGUCAUCUUCUGCAGUAACGUCACGUACGCGGAUGGUGGGUUCAAAGGUGAUUUGACCUCCCUUGCAAUGCCCACUUCCGAAUUGGUCCAUCUCAAAACCCAGCACGAACUUGCAGACGCAUGGACUGCUCUCGUCCCAUCAUUCCCUACAGAUGCCAUCCACGUCCUACCAUCCAUUGAACAUGCCGUCAACAAAGUGCGAACCAUUGCCUCACCACCUACGGGCGAACGUGAGGUCAAUGUCCUUGUCACUGGUAGUCUACAUCUUGUCGGUGGCAUCAUUGAAGUAGCUGGUUUAUCUGCAGUCGCUCUCUAGAACUCCAUUGCGUUAAUGACUUGAAUCCAUAUUAGAGUUGCUGAAGAGGUUAGAUGUUGGAUAUAUAUUCCAUAUGUAUAUUUGUAUUUAUACAUGCCGCCUUCAACAGGUGUUAGAUCAGUACACACAAUUUGUGACCAGGAGGUUGUCGUCUGAGAGGUCACACCCAGAUAUCUCUAGUGAGACCGGGACCCGCUUGUGGGAGGAUUGGGCAUCAAGACUGGUUGUACAGGCUUGGUAUACCUAACAUCAAGUUCUUCGAGUAUUGUUUUCAGGUUUCGCAUAAAAGCGUUCCUUCGAGCCCAGCGGCCACCCCAGUCUUGCCAGUUAGGACGAUGUUCCACGGAGAUAGUGAGAUGAAUCGCAUUUUGAUAUUCCAUCUUGUCGAUGGAUACACCACAGCCGGACCAUUCACGGCUGUUCUGUGCGAUAUACGCCUGAAUACGUUGUUUGAGUUGUUCAACAAUCUCAAGAGAGGUAUUAUAGGAAAUCAUCAAGGUAGUACUUUCCCACAUCGAGUUACUUCGUCGAAGAUUGUGGACAAGCUUUGUGCUAGCAAGUAUGGCAUUUGGUGCAAU